AUGCGCCCCAACCCGGGACCCCUCUGGGAGGAGAACCUCCAUGUCUCGCUGGACGUGACUACCAACGGCGAAAUCCCGUUGCCGCCCUACGCCGAUGACAGCCCUUCAGGCAUUUUCAACAUCACCAUGUUCCUGUCGAGUUAUGUCACGGGCCGCAACUUCACCAUCUCCAACGGCACCGCGACCGAGAACAACCACACCCUCGGCCCCAUCAUGCUCCAGGAACCCGGCAGCACCGUCAAGCACGUCAACUGGCUCUUUCCCCGCUGUCUCGUGGGCGACGGCCAACCCUCGGGUGACGAUAGCGACCGCGGCCUCUACAACAUUUCGAUCCGGCAAAACUUUCGUCUCAACGGCGAGGAUCACUACACCAUUUUUGACGUCCCCGUGCGGUUGACGAACAGAAUCGAGGCGAGGGACGACCGGCCCGACUGCGACGCGCUGAACAACCCGCUGCUUUCGCCUGAGGAGCUCGACGUCAACGCGGCCAACGCCGUUGGCAUUUUCGCGGCCCCUGGUGGCUCCACGGAGAUCGAGGUCAAGCCUGCGAGCGAGGACGGCAACGGCAAUGGUAACGGAAAUGGCGAUUUUGGCGAGCUAAAGCCAGAUGCACGCCCCGGCGACGGUCUUGGCGCCGCGGUGCGCUCAGCUGGAGCAGCGGCGCCAGCUGGCUAUCCGUGGCGCGAUCGGAUGUGCUCUGGUCAUGUGAGGAGUGAUAAUUUCUUGUGGUUUUUAUUUUUCUCGGUUUGCACUGCUGAGCAGUUUGCUGCUCUCUUCGUGAUACCCGGCGGUGCUGUUCGCUGCUCUUAG